AUACAAACAAAUUAAAAGUUGCUUGCUUUUUAUGGACCGUUAUGUUACGUUUAUUUAUCUCUUUAAGCUAAAUUUUCGUUGUAUUAUGUGACGGUUUGUUAAAAAAACUACAUUUUAUCUUUAAAAUUUAAAAUGGCUGAAGAUUAUUUUAAUCUGAAGCGAAAACUAGAAGAAUUGGGAUAUAAUAAUUCUUUGCCUUUGGAGGCAGUUCCUCUGGUAGAAUGUGUGCUCGCAGAUCUGCUUCAGACUACAAGGAGUUUACAACAUUACAUGGAUCUUUCAAAAGAAGCUCUCAUGCAACGGGACUCAUUGAUGCUGGAAGCUGAACCUUACAAAUGUGACAAUGCAAAGCUCAUUCAAGAAAAUAAUCAAUUACACAAAGAAAACAUCAAACUAAAAGACGACUAUUUGAAGUUGUCUAAAGACAGUAAAAGAAAAAUUAAAACAUUGUUGGAUGAGCUUACAAAGAAGGAAUCAUUGAUAAGUAAGUUGCAACACGAUCUUAGGGACCUGAGCCUCAGAGGGUUGUGUGUUAGCACCCAAAGCAGCCGCAAUAAAAGCAGAAGGAAAGACUGUGGAGAUGAUAAUGUUGCUAGAUUGUGCUUUUGCAAUGACAAUAAGUUAACUGGUCCAGAUAGUGAUAUCACAGAGUUGACAAAGAAGAUACAAAAUCUGGAAGAAUAUAAUGCAGCCUAUUUUGAUGAAAUAUCACUUUUGAAGAGUCAAAUUGAACACAGGGAUAAUGAAAUUAUAAGACUAAAUAUCCUUCUUGAAGGUGGAAGGCCUCUUAAAGCGGUUAGCAGAGAUGUUUGCAAUUCACAUACAGAUAAAAAAGUCCAAGAGCUAAUCCGGCAGCUACAAAACAUAGCUGCUGAAAAUGAUGUUCUGAGAAAACAAGUUACAGAUGGCUUAGAAAAACAACAUGAGGCUAUGAAACGGGCAUUAAAUCUUGCUGAUAGGAAUAAGACUUUACAAGAUGAACUGAAAAAAAUGGACUCUUUAGCUUUGACUGUAGAAGAUGAUUGUAAUAAAAGAAUGGCUACCAUGGCAAAAGAGAUGAGUUUGUUACAAGCUAAAGUUGAAAAUCUGGUUAAGAAAAACUCAGAACUUAUGAAUGAACUUUCGCAGUCACCUAAACUAGAUAGACUUCAACUAGACUUUAAUAAUGCCCUGAGGGAGAAGGAGAAUUUGCAACAGAAAGUGACAGAUCUAACUGAUUUAAAUAAAACUUUACAAGAUAAAAUUGUAUCUUUUGCUUUUAACAGUAACACAAAUUCUGAACAAGGACUCAGUGCAAAAAGUAAAUGCCCAACUAAAGAUGAAUUACUUAAAAUUCUAGAAGAAGAAAGAAAAAAAUAUGAGAAGUGCAUGGCCAAAUUGAAAGAACAAUUAACUGAAACAACAACUAUGUUUAACAAACAUUUAUCUAAUUGUAACUAUAAAAAUAAUAGCCCAAGAACUUGUAUUCCUCCAGAUAGUUCUUGCAUUAAAAAUCUCCAUAAUCAGUUAUGUGAGAGCCAACAAAGAAUACUAAUGUUGCAAAAAGAGAAUGAAGAACUUAAAACCAAGUCUGCUAUACAAGAUGAAGGUAAUAAACAAAAUUAUAAAGAUGUAAUUAGUCAACUUAAUGCUGAAAAUGCAGAACUUUCUAAGGAAAACAUUUCAUUAAGCAGUCAAUUGAGUCAAUAUAAAAGUAUGAAAUUGGCACAAUACAAUACAGGAUAUGAAUACACAAAACGUGAUAUAUUAAAGCUUCAAGACGAAGUUGACAGGUUAAGGGAGAGUAACAAUAUCUUAAGAAAAGAUAAGGAAGAAUAUAUAUCUUUGUACAAAGAAUCUACAGAUUUAGUUGAAAAGUUAAAACGAGAUUUAACUCUGAAGCACAGAGAAAUAGAACAGUUACAGGAAGAAAAUAGUUCUUAUAAAAUGACACACCGGACAGGUAAAGCAUCUGCUGACCGCCUCAAAGAAGAAUGCAACUUCUUAAGAGAGCAAAUAAAAAGAAUGCAAUCUGAUGUUAUAAAGGAGAAGACAUUGGCUAAUCAAAUUAAAAAUAUUCAAAUGGAAACUGAAAGAAGCAGUAAUGAAGUCCAAAGUGAGUUAUUUUGUACUCAGAAGAAACUAAGCCUAUCUAAAGACACAAUUGAAUCAUUACAAAGGAAAUGUAAUGAUUUGCAAUCUGAAAUAACUUCUCUGAACCAUGAUAAAGCAAAGUUAAUGGAGAAUUUAAAAAAGAUUGAUCAAGAUAGAGAUAAAUUAGUUUUAGAAUUGGAUCACAAGACUGAAGCUGUAAGUGUUCUUGAACAGAAAGUUAAAUCUCAGUGCCAUGAGAUAAAUAAACUGGAAGAGGAACUCACUGAUCUAAAAAGAAGACUAAACCUUAACAAAAUAUCAGAACACAAAUUGGUAGAUUUUGAAACACAAAUUCAAUUCCUAAAUGGGGAAAUUUUACGCUUGAAUCAGCAAUAUGAUAAUGCUGUCAUGGAAAAUAAACAUUUGCAAAAUAGUUUGGCAGAGGCAAAUGGAAACUUGAAAUUAAAUAAAAUUGAAUAUGAAAAAUCUAGAAGAGAAGUAGAUGGUCUUAAACAACAAUUACAGCACUAUGUAGCAGAAAUCAGGCGAAUUGAAGAAAUGCUCUCACAAAAAGAAGCUGAAAGAUCUGAUAUGUUAGAACACUUUGCAAGUUUGUCUGUUGAAGCAAAUAUAUUAGAAAAUACAAAUCACUCGUUGGAGAGUGAAUCUGCUUCAAAAUCACUACAGUUACAAACAUAUAUUAGCAAAAUACAGGCUCUAGAAGAAAGACUGGUGGAUAAAGAUAACACUAUUGACGCCCAAUCAGCAAAGAUUGCAACAAUGACCUGUAGGAUUACUGCCCUAGAAAAUGAGGUAAAGUUAGUUACCGAGGAAAAAGCUCUUCUUGAACAGAAUGUGUCAUACCUGAAGCAGAUGUGUAACAAUCUCCAGAAAGAAUCAAGUCAAGUCACACAUGGCUUGAGCGACGCUGACUCAGAACUGCAACUUUACGAGAAUAAAAUAAGGAGUCUUUCAAAAGCAAAAGCAAGAUUAGAGGAAGAGAAACAUGAUGUAAAAGACAACUUAGAAACAACUGAAAAGUUACUGGCAAAUGCUAGGAGAGAAGUUGUGGAGCUGAAAUUGGCUCUGCAGGAUGCUACAGCUGAAACAAAAUCAUUGCAGGACAGAAUUAAUAGACUAAGUCGCGUAGAAACUGAAAUACAUGAUUCUACAUUGACUCGAGAAUUGGAGCUACCUCUUAUGUUGGAAGAAACAAUACAUGAGGUCAGCCAUGAGGAGGAUGAAGACAGCACACGUUUUCAUGAAGUACAUAAAAGAUUUUCAAAGUACUCCCAUGGAAGUACUUUAUAAAAUAAAUUAUUAGCUUAUUAUCUGUUGUUAUUUAUGAAUUGUUAACUGUUUAUGUAACAAUUAUGUUAUGAAUUAAGCCGGGUAUUCAUUAGGCAACUUUUGUUAAUAAACACUGUUUAAUGACUGUUUAUAAACAGUGUUGCACAAUGUUUCAUCACCUCUGUAAACAUGUUUAUAAACAAGGAUGAUGAAAUAUUGUUGCAUAAACAUGUUGCUGUGUUCCCCACUCUAGUCUAGGUGGAGAACAAGACGAAACAUUCAGUUUAUAAACAGAUGUCAUCGAGUGUGGACGUGUGUGACGCAAGUUUAGAAACAUGGAAAUAGUACUACCUCCUCGGGCGACAUCCUAGCAACAACUAAACUAGUGUGUGUGGACUGCUAAGUUUCAGAAACAGUGUUUACGGUAAACUUGUUGCAAAACAUGGUGAUCAAAUUCAUAAACAGUUGAUUAACAAAUGUUGCCUAAUGAAUACCCGGCUUUAGGUGUAGUUGCAUUUCUAAAAGAAAACUGUAUUGUAUUCAAUAAAUUUUAUUUAUUACCAUGAAUGGAUAAAUAUGAAAAAGUUACUUUACCUAAACCAAAACCUCUAUACAAUACAUUCCUAGGUAACUAUAUAAGAACACUAGCUUUUAUGUUCUAACAACAAAAAAUUCAUUCAUUAUAUGCCUUUGUUAUUGUGAAAGGGUUUCAGGUGACAGUGACAGGUGUGAGUACUCUGCUUUUAACAAUCAAGAGGACUAGAUUAAGGUCCAGGCCCCCCUUUUAGUUAAGUAGGGCCGUAGUUGUCUCUAUGGAUAUUUCAGCCCAACAAUUGUUAGAGAUAAUGCCAUUACCAGAUGGAUUAGGGUCUCCCCAGAUACAUCGGCGCGCAUACGGGCAAAAGCCGAUAGGAAAAAGCCCUAUGUCCGCGCCAUAAGAGCGAAAAAAGCCGUCAGCAGGCGCCGGCCGAUGUCAGCCGAGCCGAACCACGACUUUUAGGGUUCCGUACCUCAAAAGGAAAAAACGGAACCCUUAUAGGAUCACUCGUGCGUCUGUCUGUCUGUCCGUCUGUCACAGCCUAUUUUCUCGGAAACUACUGGACCAAUUAAGUGGAAAUUUGGUACACAUAUGUAAAUUAGUGACCCAAAGAUGGACAUGUUGUUUUUUUAUAAUUUUAAAAUACAUAGGUUUGAAGUUAUUGAAGAAAAUAGCCAAAAAAUUACCAUCCCCCCCCCCUUUAUCUCCGAAACUACUGGGUCUAAAAUUUUGGAAAAAAUACACAUAAUAGUUCUUUACCUAUAGAUGGCAGGAAAACCUAUUAGAAACGUGCAGUCAAGCGUGAGUCGGACUUAUGUACGGAACCCUAGAAACGCGAGUCCGAGUCGCACUUGGCCGGUUUUUCGCUCUUAUUGCACUGACAUACUCGUAUAAAGCUUUUUCCUACCGGAUUUUGUAGAUUCCGCGUCGACAAAUGUGGGGGAACCCUUAGACUUAGUGAAACAGCAGACUCCUAUUAAUACUUACUAUGAUAUCCUACAACUACUGAAAAGGCUAGGAGUUCAAUUCAAAUGCUCACAGUUUGCUCCAUUUCACCCUCCAUAUUCAUAAGGCACAGUGAAAUUGCUUGAAAAAGAAUCACAAAUAUUUAGAUAGUAUUCAGCUACUAGAUUCUUGACACAAAAAUUUAAAGAGAGAUAUGUCAGCAUACAUAGUUAAAUGUCUAUUGAAGUUGCAAAUAAAGUAAAAUGCUAUUAAAAUCCAUUAUAAAACCAAUAAAAAAAA